AGGAAAUCGAUAAGUAAAACACUUCAACCUCUGGUUAUAAACCGCCGUUUGAUUUGUACAAAUAGGUCAGAAACAAUAAGCUUGAGCAAAGGUUGUUCACAUUACUAGAUUAGUCUUCCAAGUAAAUCAGAUGGACAAAGGUAGAGAUGAUUUGUAACAACACUUUGUAAUCCAGUAGUUUUACUCACAUAUUCAGGUAGACCAACUAUAGAAAUAUAUACAAGAAAGGUCGAAGCUAAAAUUUAUUAAAAAAAAAAAGAAGAUUUGACAGCUCAGGAAGAAACUCUUUACAAAGUUUUAUUGCAAACAGAAAAGAAAAAAAACAGAGAGUCCAACCGUUCCUGAAAGAAUGAACACUCUUUUGCAUAACUUUUAUUUUCCACCUCACAAUUCUCUAAAUUACAAAACAUCCCCAAAAAAUCCCACAAGAUUAUUAUCUUUCACAAACGCUCGCCUUGGCAUCAACAACACUCGAAUCUCUUGCUGCAACAAUUUGAGAAUGGAUUCGUCUGAGAAUACUUCAGCCUGUGAACAGCAAAAGAUCGUAAUCCCAAACAGCCACAACGAGAAGCUUGUUGGUCUGCUUCACGAAACUGGAUCAAAAGAAGUGGUGAUCUUGUGCCAUGGAUUUCGAUCGAGCAAGAAUAACCGAAUCAUGAAGAAUGUGGCUGGUGCUAUUGAGAAAGAAGGGAUCAGUGCUUUCCGUUUUGAUUUCUCUGGGAAUGGAGAGAGUGAAGGCAGUUUCUGUUAUGGUUACUAUAACCAUGAAGCUGAUGAUCUACGUUCUGUUAUCCAACACUUCUCUGGCAUGGACCGUGUGGUUCCUGUCAUUCUCGGGCACAGUAAAGGAGGUGAUGUGGUCCUCCUUUAUGCCUCCAAGUAUCAUGAUAUCCCUAAUGUAAUCAAUAUCUCGGGACGUUAUGAUCUGAAGGAAGGCAUAAGAGAGCGUCUUGGGGAAGACUUUUUGGAAAGAAUUAAGGAACAAGGAUUCAUUGAUGUUAAAAGUGGAGAAUCUGGUUACCGUGUUACCAAAGAGAGCUUAAUGGAUAGGUUGAGCACUGAUAUUCAUGACGCUUGCCUCAAGAUUGAUAAAGAAUGUAGAGUCUUGACGGUUCAUGGAUCGGAUGACGAGGUAAUACCAGUGUCAGAUGCCAAGGAGUUUGCGAAGAUCAUACAGAAUCACAAGCUGGAGAUUGUGGAAGGAGCAGAUCAUGGUUAUACGAAUCAUCAAAGUCAGUUGGUUUCAACUGUUAUGGAGUUCAUCAAGACAGUCAUUGUGAAGAACAAGAACAUCUAAGUCUUUUUAUUUAUUCCUUUGAGAAAUGUUGAGAUACACAUUACAUACUUCACAUUUGUGUCUGCAAAUAAAGGUGAAACAUUGAUUGAGUUGGUAAAAAGCAUAAGUAUGUUUAACAGAGAACCAAAUCACAAGUUGUGAAAGACAUAUGACAUUAAAGCCG